AUGGUUUUUCAAAAACGCAAUAAAAAGGCUUCAUCCACCACGAAUCAAAACACCAGGAUGAUCGAUCAGGGCAAUGAAUCAAGUACAACAUUGAAUAUCCAACAACAACAACAAGAUCAAAUUCUCUCAUAUUCUUGUUCUUUUACACCUCAAGAGGAAACAUAUACUUACUUUAUUACAGAUGUAAAAGUUGAUCCGAAAAGAAAGUUAUUACUUGCAAGUACUUAUUCAUCGGGAAGGAUCAAUGUUCACGAUUUGGAGAGUAAAAAGCUUUUAUAUUCGAUUAAAGUGGGUGGUGAUAGCAGUGGUUGUUGUUACUAUUUGAAUAUUGAAGAGCCUUUUGAAAAUGAAAAUGAUCUCAUGGGUCAUCAUCAAUCAUCUCAAAAUAAUACAAAUAACAAUGGAUCUGUUGAACAACGAUCAUUGAAUGGACAAGUCAUUCCAUGCAAUUUGACAUUGAAUCAAGAAACUAUUCAAAUGGCUUGUACCUAUCCAAGUGUCAUUGUCACUACCGACAUGUAUUCCUUCUAUACGGUUGAAAAAUAUAUCAUGUGCCCUACAUUGUAUGAGCCCCACAGUAAAACCCACCGAUCCAAUUAUAUUGACAAGUCAAGGCUAUGGAAAAGUUCCGCAUCCGAGUUUCAUGCUUUGAGAGGUUUGUGUAUUGAUCAUGCAUCGAGAAAGGUUUAUGUGAGUGAUCGAGAUGCAAAUAGAAUUAGAGUGUUAUCCAGUAGGGAUGGGCAAUUAUUGAAUUCAUUUCAAUUCAACUCUCCUACAGACAUUACGUUUUAUGAAGGAAAUUUGUUAGUGUGUGAAAAAUCGACCCAUAGUGUGCAUGUUGUUUCACCCAUAGAUGGAACUAUAGUGAGAAGUAUUGCAAAUGGUAGUUUUAGUUAUCCUAGAGGUGUUAUUGUCGAUCCAAACACUAGACACAUCAUUGUGAGUGAUAGUGACCAUCACAAACUCAAGAUUUUUAAUUGGACUGGAGAAAUGCUUGAAGAAUUUCAACAAGCACCUGGUUCUCAUUCUAAUUUAUUGAACACUCCUUUUGGUGUGUCUUUGGAUUAUCAUUCAGGGUUGUUAUAUGUAGCAGAUUGUUAUAAUUACAAAAUACAGAUUUUCAAAUACAAUGCAAGAUGGUACAAAAAUGAAAAGAGAUUUAAGGAGCUGAUGACAAGUCCUAAACAAGAACAAUUUAGUGAUGUCACAAUUUUAGUAUUUGAAUUAAUACAAUGA